AUGAAGAGCUCAGAUGAUAGCCAUUGUGGCUUAGAAAAUACCGGAAGUUCCUUGGUGAAAGACGGUAUGUUUUGGUUGCUCUUUGGCUAUAUAUGUGAAGGAUUACUAACUUUUGAAUAUUCAGUCAAAAUUUUAUCAAGCUUGGAAGGAUCUAAAAGAACACAUAAGGGGCCUAAACACCAUCAGUUGCAUAUAAGUCAGUCCUUGGGAUCAUAUCGUGCUGGUUCUUUGCCUAAUGUUAAUCAAAUUAGUAACAACAGCAUUGACUUACAGUGUCUCUAUCAAGAUUAUGAGGCUAAAGAUAUUAGCUGUUAUUAUUAUCCCAGUGGGAGUGCUCUGACUAGUUUAGAAGACAUGAAACAAGGACGUGAAGUUUCGGCUGAUAGAGUUCAUCGUGAAAGAAGUCGUUAUGGUGCAGCUCACCAGAGUCGUCGGCUUGCUUUUGAAAACAAAAGGAUUGAUGUUUCACCGUAUAAUUCUUCAUAUCUUUCUCCACCACCAGACACUAAUUGGAGGAGGACAAAUUCUGAUUCUGCCCUUCACCAAAGUGCUAUGAACCCCCAAGAAAAUUUUCAUGGUGCCAAGACACCCCCCAAUAACAGGACAUUUGAAGUUGAUGGAGUUGUACUAAAUGAAAAUGAUCAAGUUCAUAAUUACUGGGAUCCAAAGAAACAACAACUAAUUCCAUUGCAACAGUCAAGGCCAAAAUCAUGUGAAGUACCUGGGAUAAACAUUUACCCAUCACAAGAAGAAUGUGGAUCUGUGCAUGUGCCAAUUUCUAGUAACACAGGUUCACUACCUGAUCUGACAAACUUACAUUUCCCGCCACCUCUUACUACCCCAUUAGACGUGGAGGAUCAAGCAGGAAUGGUCACCGGAAAUUCAUGCAACCCGAUACCUCCUUAUUCUCCAUCCAAUGCCACCAAUUUGUCUCCUUCUUCACUACAGCAUCAACAAACACAUAUAUUAGGUACUAGUUUAAGUGGUGGAACACUCAUCACUACUACAUCUAGUGGAGGAAGCAGACAUACGAGCCCAGGACCUUCACCAUCUCCAUCUUCUAGAAGGCGACAUCAUCAUAAUCUAACAAAUUUAGUUAUUGGUAGUGGUAGUCCUCGCCAUCAUGGACAUCAGCAUAAUGUUCAACAGCAGCAAGGCUUGACUAUGGAUACCAAUGCUCUCUCACUUGAAACUUAUCCACAGCAACAACCUCAGUUCGGAGUGUACCCACAGCAACAGCACUCUCCACAACAAAAGUCUUCACAAGGUUAUAGCUAUGAGCCAACAACACCAACUUCUCCAACUUUACCUCAGCUUCCUAUGGGUUCAUACAGAAGCACUAGUCCUGCUGAUCACUCGUGUAGUGCUCCAACAUCCCCAGUAUCUCACAGUCUUUCGCCAUCAAGUUCACCAGGUCUUGGUUCAAAUACCACAUUAAGCAACAAUUCAUUUCCUGAAGCAAGUUACUACAUUCAGCACCAGCAAACUAAUGCUUUGCAACACCAGCUUGAACAGUUCAAGAUGGUGGGUGACCUACAAGUCUGUGAAUGCUUCUUCAUGAUGCCAGACAAAUGUUCGAACUCUAGCAAUGUUGGCUCUCACAAUAACACAGCUAUGUUUUUGGCAACUGUAGACAGUGGUGGGGGUGUUGGGCCCCCUACGGAUGGUGAGAUGUCUUCUUUAUUGAGUCAGAGUGGACUUCAGUUUUCAAAUCAACUUUCAUCUGGAAUGAACACUGCUCAGGAUAUGGACAAUGCUAUGUUUUAUUCUAUAGCAUCGCUUGGUACAGAUCCGCAGCUACAGUCUCCUACUCUGUAUACCAAGCCAACAGUUAUUUCAAGCCAUCAAACAACACCACAGACCCCUCAGACUCCUACUAGUAUUCCAGAUAUAAUUCUUACAGCACCAAGUGGUGAUGAGCCUAUUCUGAGGCAGGACUUUGCUAAAGAAUUAGGAUGUGCAAUAACAAAUAUGUGUAAUUCUUUUGACUCUGACUUCUUUACUCCUGAAGAAGCACUCAGAGUUGGAUUAGGACCCAUUGACUUUGAUGGCUUGCAGAUAUUAACAGAUCCUGACAUACAUGUGGUCAGCGAUCCUUCUGCAGAGGACACAUUUCACCUUGAAGGAUCAUAGUCAUAUGAGCUUUAAAGAAAUAUCCAUUGAUGAGGAUACUUUUAUUUUAGGAAAAGUGAUGAGCUGUAUUUACUUCUUUCACAUUUUCCAUUCAUUGCUCCUAUUAUGUACUUGUAUAUUGACAUGAUAAUCUUUGGACAUGUUUUCAUCUCCAUUGCAAAAGAAAAAGCAUUUGUACUCUAGCAAAACAAAGUGACCUAACCUCCUUCUUACUGUGGUCUGUAUAAAAUUUAUACCACUCUUAGAGUAUGACACUGUUGUAAAUUGGAAUUUAUGAUAACUGAAGUCAACUGCCAAGUUAUGGCACAUGUACAUAUCUGUACAGUUGUAGAUCAUUUGAUCGCUCAUAGAUUAAUGACAAUGUUUGGAAUGAGAGCUGCAGUUUGCUCCAGUAUUACUGUGUAAUUAUAUAAAACCAUGAAAUGGCCUCGAUGCAUUGUAUAUUGACUCCACUUGUACAGAUUCAUGCCUGUUCAGGUAAAAUACAAACUUCAUAUUGUAAUUAAGCAUGUCAUUUCUGUAGUUUUGUCCAAUGUUUGAAUUCUGUUUUUAAAGUAUAAACAUUUCUAUUUGCUCAUUUAAUUUCCGUGUUCUAGCAUGGUUUUGUGAUACCAGACCAGUAAUUUUAUGUAUGAAUCAAAAUUUACUUUAUUGAUUGAAAUCAUGUUGCUUUUUGAUUAAAAGUAAUUGUGCAUUUAAUAUUUCAGCUAUGGUUGUAUUUCAGGGUUAGAAAUUUUUGAGCAGGUCUCAUGAUAUGAAAUAAAUUCAUGGUAGCAUUUUUUAAUUUCUUCUCUGUGAGAAUGAGCAAUGGAAAGAAAAUUUCAAAGGUUAUGAGCUCUUCUUGAUGUUUUAUAAAAAUUAUAUAUAUUAUAUUCAGUUAUUGCAGACUGAUAAAUACUGCUGUUAAAGAAGAUUUCCAUAGAUGCUAAGUAAAUAAUUUGUGCACAUAUAUACAGCAGAUCAGAAAUACGCACAGCCUGGAACCACAGUCUUUGUGGAUUUUGCCUCUGCAGAUUUGGGAUUAUGAAGAAAAAAUAUAUACACAGUCAAAAGUCGUUUAGCCGGAAUGAUCUAUAAUCUGGACCUCAAAGCUACAAACUUUCUGCGCAUGCGUGCAAUACCUUUACGC